UCUACGUCCCCCAAGACAACAUACGUUCAAUUUUGAUAGAUUGUAUCAGCAUAGAUGGCUCUGUACAGGGAACUUCCAACACACGUCUUUAAGAAUACUGCAGCUAUUGGAUUAAAAAGUAGAAGUGCAGUUGAAAAUGACUUUGUUUCUUCAUUUCUCCAAAGACAUUUACCAGCUAAUCGCUUGCGAAAAGGGGAGGAUAAAGAUCUCAAAUACAAAACUCAGAAUUUGGACAAAGUCAAGAAAAGAAAACCAGAGGUUAUAAGCAAGAAAAGAAGAAAAGGAUUAACUUCGAGAGAAAGAAAGAAAUUACAGCUCUUUGAUAUAAAGAAAGAACACCAAAGUUAUGAAAAAUAUAUUCCAAUGCACAAAAUAUGGAAAGACUACAUACAAGAUGUCUUAAAUAUCAAAAGUGUAAAUAAGGAUAAUAUACAUGCUGCACAAGAAAGAUUAUUGAAAGCAGAUUUCCAUGGUAGUUGUUUGACAGUUCAAAGGUCAAAAUGCCCUUCUUAUGUAGGUGUUAAUGGCAUAGUGCUUCAGGAGACUAGAAACACAUUUAAAAUUAUUACACAAGAGGAUCAAGUUAAAUGUAUUCCAAAAACCAACUCUGUAUUUGUAUUUGAAAUUGGCGGAUAUGUGUUCACCCUACAUGGAAAUCAAUUUUGUGUGAGGUCAGCAGAAAGAUGUACAAGGAAAUUCAAAUUAAAAGGAACUAUUGAGAUUUAGUAUUUCACUGGCAUGAAAUAAAAAAAAACAUUUACAUGUAUAUAAUUUUUUAUAGUCAUUUCCUUUACAUCAAGCAAUCCCAAAUAAGACAGUGGUGAAGAUAAAAUCGUGCGCACAGAUUUGACCAUCAAUUAUUUUGUUUUACAAUUGCAGCCAUAAUAGAAUAUUCAAAAUUUGAAUAAAGAAACCACAG